UUUCAGAAAAACAUUGAACACACACUACUCUCGCCGAAGACUUUCAGCAACAGUAUCGAGACGGAAAAAUUUUGAGGCUAGCAACACCUGUAUAAAAACAGAGUACACCGCCCAAGAUUCCAUUCUCGGCUCAUCUACUUUUUGUAAGUCUUCUGCUCUCAUUAGCAGAGGGGGAGAAGGAGGGGCAGGGGGAGACGGAGACCGACUCUAUUUUAGCCAGGCUUAUCUGCUUGGGACAUACAUCUCUGGCUUUUAAGACAGCGAAGCUUUUGAGAGUUGUGACCGGUGAAACCUGAAGCUAUACGGGGUUUUAAGGGAAUGCCACUUGUUGGUUCAGACCAGACGCACACUUUCUUCACAUUCUGGUAACAUCUUGCGAAGGAUUAGAACUUGGGAUUUUCCAUUCAAUGUCAAGAAUGAGAGUAGCAGUGGUUGGUGCUGGGAUUAGUGGACUUGUUUCAGCUUAUGUUCUUGCAGAAGCGGGUGCUGAGGUUGUUCUAUACGAGAAAGAAGACUCCUUGGGCGGCCAUGCUAAAACUGUCUGCUUCGAUGGUGUUGAUUUAGACCUCGGUUUCAUGGUCUUCAAUCGGGUAACGUAUCCAAAUAUGAUGGAGUUCUUCGAGAACCUUGGGAUAGAGAUGGAGUUAUCAGAUAUGACGUUCUCAGUGAGCUUAGACCAAGGCAAGGGUUGUGAAUGGGGAAGCAGAAAUGGGUUUUCAGGUUUGUUUGCUCAGAAGAAGAAUGCGUUAAAUCCGUACUUUUGGAAAAUGCUUCGAGAAAUUGUCAAGUUUAAGGAUGAUGUGCUCAGUUAUCUUGAGGUUCUUGAGAAUAACCCAGUUGUUGAUAGGAAUGAAACCUUAGGGCAAUUCGUCAAGUCACGAGGUUACUCUGAAUUAUUUCAGAAGGCUUAUCUUGUUCCUGUUUGUGGUUCUAUAUGGUCCUGCCCUUCAGAAGGAGUUAUGAACUUUUCAGCUUUCUCUGUACUCUCAUUUUGCCGUAAUCAUCAUUUACUUCAGCUCUUUGGUCGGCCUCAGUGGCUCACAGUCAGACGGCGAUCUCAUUCUUAUGUCAACAAGGUCAGAGAAAAGCUGGAAAGUUGGGGUUGCCAAAUACGAACCGGUUGUGAGGUACAGGCUGUUUCAACUACAGAUGAGGCAGGUUGUGCAGUACUCUGCAGAGAUGGCUUGCUAGAAAUGUACAGUGGGUGCAUAAUGGCUGUCCAUGCCCCAGAUGCUCUGGGAUUAUUAGGGGAGCAAGCAACAUUUGAUGAGACGAGAAUACUUGGUGCUUUCCAAUAUAUGUAUAGCGAAAUCUUCCUUCACCGUGAUAAAACAUUUAUGCCCCAAAACUCAGCAGCAUGGAGUGCUUGGAAUUUCUUGGGAAGUUCAGAGAAUAAAGUCUGUCUGACAUAUUGGCUGAAUGUGCUUCAGAAUAUUGAUGAAACAGGUCUACCUUUUCUUGUGACGCUUAAUCCAGAUAAUGCACCAGAUCAUACCUUACUCAAGUGGUCGACUGGUCAUCCAGUUCCAUCUGUAGCUGCAACAAAAGCUUCACUUGAACUUGACCAUAUUCAAGGCAAGAGGAGAAUUUGGUUUGGUGGAGCCUACCAGGGUUAUGGCUUCCAUGAAGAUGGACUAAAGUCUGGCAUGGUUGCUGCAUAUGGUUUGCUUGGAAAAAGCUGUGACAUUCUGAGGAAUCCAAAACAUAUGGUACCUUCUAUGUUAGAAACUGGGGCGCGCCUUUUUGUUACUAGAUUUCUUGGACAUCAUAUCUCUACUGGCUGUUUAACUUUGCUGGAGGAUGGAGGCACAGUUUUCUCCUUUGAGGGAACUUCUAAAAAAUGUUCUCUGAAAACUGUUUUGAAGGUUCACAAUCCGCAGUUUUACUGGAAGAUAAUGACACAGGCUGAUUUAGGCCUCGCAGAUGCAUAUAUCAAUGGUGAUUUUUCCUUUGUUGACAAAGAUGAAGGUCUUAUAAACCUUUUCAUGAUUCUCAUUGUAAAUAGAGAUGCUGAUAAUUCUACAUCUAAGUUGAACAAGAAAAGGGGCUGGUGGACACCAUUAUUAUUCACAGCUGGUAUUGCAUCUGCAAAAUUUUUCAUUCAGCAUGUUUCAAGGCAAAAUACUCUUACACAAGCUCGCAGAAAUAUCUCUCGUCAUUAUGACCUGAGUAAUGAACUUUUUGCUCUGUUCUUGGAUGAAACAAUGACAUACUCCUGCGCGCUAUUUAAGAAAGAAGAUGAAGACUUGAAAGCUGCGCAGAUUAGAAAAAUAUCCCUUCUAAUCGAAAAGGCUAGAGUCAAUAAAGACCAUGAAGUUCUUGAGAUUGGUUGUGGCUGGGGAACCUUAGCUAUUGAAGUUGUCCAACGAACUGGAUGUAAAUAUACUGGCAUCACUCUAUCCGAGGAGCAACUAAAAUAUGCAGAAUUGAAAGUGAAGGAAGCGGGCCUCCAGGACAGUAUAAAAUUUCACCUCUGCGAUUAUCGCCAAUUGCCUAAGACCCACAAAUAUGACAGGAUAAUAUCAUGUGAAAUGAUAGAAGCUGUUGGCCAUGAAUACAUGGAAGAGUUUUUUGGUUGCUGCGAAUCAGUAUUGGCUGAAAAUGGGCUUUUUGUCCUACAGUUCAUAUCAAUCCCGGAAGAAAGAUAUGACGAGUACAGGAAGAGUUCAGAUUUUAUUAAGGAAUAUAUAUUUCCUGGUGGAUGCUUGCCUUCAUUAACUAGGAUAACAUCAGCCAUGGCCUCUUCAUCAAGACUCUGUGUGGAGCACGUGGAAAAUAUCGGAAUUCAAUACUAUCAAACACUUAGAUACUGGAGAAAAAACUUCUUGGAGAAUCAGAGAGAAAUUCUUUCCCUGGCAUUCAAUGAAAAGUUCAUUCGAACAUGGGAGUAUUAUUUUGACUAUUGUGCAGCUGGUUUCAAGACACACACACUUGGAAAUUAUCAGGUUGUAUUUUCACGUCCUGGAAAUGUUGUUGCACUAAGCAAUCCAUACAGAGGUUUCCCUUCACUCACUGCUCAGGAUGAUGAAAUCUCAUCCUUGGGAAAUACUCGUGGCGUUAUUUGGCCAUCUUAUUACUUGGCCUGUCUUGUAGCAUCAAUGGCCGCUGCAAAUAGUUCCUCUGGAGAGACUUGUGCUGCUCUGAUCCAUGGAAAACAAAUGGCACCUUCUCGGCUAGAAGCUUGGGCUCGUCUUUUUGUUACUAAAUUUCUUGGACGUCAUAUCUCCACUCACCGUUUAAUCUUGGAGGAGGAAGGGGGUGCAACUUUCACCUUCGAGGGAACUAGUAAAAAAUGUUCUCUAGAAGUUGUUCUCAAAGUUCACAAUCCUCAGUUUUACUGGAAGGUAAUGACGCGGGCUGACAUAGGCCUUGCAGAUGCUUAUAUUGAUGGAGAUUUUUCUUUUGCUGACGAAGACCAAGGUCUUCUAGAUCUUUUCAUGGUUCUGAUUGCGAACAGAGAUGCAAACAAAUCUAUCUCCAAGGCGAAUAAGAAAAGGGGUUGGUGGACACCAUCGUUAUUUACAGCAGGUAUUGCUUCCGCAAAGUUUUUCCUUCAGCAUGUUCUGAGGCAAAAUACCCUUACACAAGCUCGCAGGAACAUCUCUCGUCAUUAUGACCUGAGUAACGAAGUUUUUUCUCUAUUCCUGGGAGAAACAAUGGCAUACUCGUCUGCAAUAUUUAAGACUGAAGAUGAAGACUUGAAUACAGCUCAGUUGAGGAAAAUCUCUGUUCUGAUUGAAAAAGCAAGAAUCGAUAAGAAGCAUGAAAUUCUUGACAUUGGUUGUGGCUGGGGAACUUUUGCUAUUGAAGUUGUCAAACAAACAGGAUGCAAAUACACGGGUCUCUCUCUAUCUGUGGAGCAACUGAAAUAUGCAGAAAUGAAAGUUAAGGAAGCUGGUCUGCAGGAUAAUAUCAGACUUCUCCUCUGUGAUUAUCGUGAAUUGCCUAAAGGCUAUAAAUACGAUAGAAUCGUAUCUUGUGAAAUGAUAGAGCAUGUGGGUCAUGAAUACAUGGAGGAUUUUUUUAGUAGCUGCGAAUCAGCAUUGGCAGAAGAUGGGCUUCUUGUUCUACAGUUCAUAUCAAUAGCAGAUGAGCGUUAUGAUGAGUACAGGCGAAGUUCUGAUUUUAUCAAGGAAUAUAUUUUUCCCGGUGGAUGUUUGCCUUCAUUAAGUAGGAUAACAUCAGCCAUGGGUGUUGCAUCAAGACUCUGCGUGGAGCAUGUGGAAAAUAUAGGAAGUCAUUACUAUCAUACGUUAAGAAGGUGGAGGAAAAAUUUCUUGGAAAACAAGAGCAAAAUUCUUGCCAUGGGAUUCGAUGAAAAGUUCAUCAGGACAUGGGAGUAUUAUUUUGACUACAGCGCUGCUGGUUUCAAGUCGUACACCCUUGGGGAUUACCAGGUUGUAUUUUCACGUCCUGGCAAUGUUGAGGCAUUAGGCAAUCCAUACAAAGGUUUUCCAUCGGCAUAUCAACACCUUCUAUAGAAGAGAGACCGUUCUAUGAUAUAAGCCGCCUCAAAUUGUAGCUACUUACUUAUUUCUUUAAUUUCCAAGUUUGCUGUGUUGCAAUAAAACUUUCUUGAUUAGCUACAAUGAAUUGGCUGUUAGACAAAGAAAUUGAAAUUGUGAAAAUGGUUUGGAAAAUUAAUUUUUUAA